CGCAACUGCUCCACCACUUUAUAAAUCAUCAUUAACUGUAAAAAAUUCCGCCGGGAAGAAAAGUCUUGUGUCUUCUUAAGCUUAAGCUUCACCAACCCUACCCAACAAGAUAGGAAAGCUUCUUCUUCUCUCAUCGGAAACAUUCGACUCGUCUCUUCUCUUCUCCUCUUCUGUUGAUUUUUUUUUGGAAAAAGUUUUCUAAGUUUGUGUGUGUAAGAGAAAAGCGCAAUGAGCUGCUUUGGCUGUUUUGGUGGUGGUGAGGAUUUUCGUAGGGUUUCCGAAACCGGACCAAAGCCAUUCCACAACAGAGAUGGUAUCAAUGCUCACCAUCACAAGGCAGAUCCGCCCAAGAACUCACCAGUUAUUCAGAUGCAGCCUAUCUCUGUUCCCGCUAUUCCAGCUGACGAACUAAAGGACAUAACCGAUAACUACGGUUCAAAGUCCUUAAUCGGUGAAGGCUCUUAUGGAAGAGUGUUUUACGGUGUUCUCAAAACCGGAAACGCAGCUGCCAUCAAGAAACUUGAUUCCAGUACGCAACCUGAUCAAGAGUUUCUCGCGCAGGUAUCAAUGGUUUCGAGAUUGCGUCAAGACAAUGUCGUUGCCCUUCUCGGGUACUGCGUUGAUGGCCCGCUCCGUGUUCUUGCUUAUGAAUUUGCGUCUAAUGGAUCUCUUCAUGAUAUUCUCCACGGUAGAAAAGGCGUGAAAGGAGCGCAGCCAGGUCCUGUCUUGUCGUGGAACCAGAGAGUUAAGAUCGCUGUUGGUGCGGCUAGAGGGCUGGAGUACUUGCACGAGAAGGCAAACACUCAUGUUAUCCACAGAGACAUCAAGUCUAGCAAUGUGCUUUUGUUUGAUGAUGAUGUCGCUAAGAUUGCUGAUUUCGAUCUGUCUAAUCAAGCCCCUGACAUGGCUGCUCGCCUUCACUCGACUCGUGUGCUUGGAACCUUUGGCUAUCACGCUCCAGAGUAUGCAAUGACAGGAACAUUGAGCACAAAGAGUGAUGUGUAUAGUUUUGGAGUUGUUCUGCUUGAGCUACUCACAGGUCGUAAACCAGUUGAUCAUACUUUACCACGUGGACAGCAGAGUCUUGUGACAUGGGCAACCCCUAAACUGAGUGAAGACAAGGUGAAGCAGUGCGUUGAUGCAAGACUAAACGGUGAAUAUCCUCCCAAAGCAGUUGCCAAGCUGGCUGCAGUAGCUGCGCUAUGUGUGCAAUACGAGGCAGACUUCAGGCCAAACAUGAGCAUAGUGGUGAAGGCUCUUCAGCCUCUGCUCAAUCCUCCUCGCUCUGCUCCUCAAACUCCUCACAGGAACAACCCUUAUUGAUUGAUAUCCUCACAAUCACGCUUCAUCAACCGCUAUUUCAUUUGUUUUUGCUUGAAUCCAAUUUGUGUAAAUUCGUGAAAGUAUGACUUUUAACUCCUAUAUCAUCAUUAAUCUAAAAUUUU